CCAGCAUCUCAGACCACGCCGUCGGUUCGGACACCGCGGGAUGCCAGGCCCUGAUCAGAGGGGUCCUGCGAGCCCAUUUUCUUAUCCUAUGACGAUAGAUACAGGCGCGGUAUAUAUGCGAUGCCCCGCGAUGGUUACACGGCGCUUUUCGUUCGGCUCUCCACCACCGCCCUUUCUUCCUCUUCGCUUGCUUCCGUGCUCAUUUAGACUUCCUGCUUAGACAGCCUCGAUAUACGAAGACGGAAUUCCUUUAUCCCCACGAAUUGCCACCUCCACACUCCCCCGCGUUACGCCUGCAUCGAAGUCCAGCGUCAGCAGCAUCCUUAUCGGCAUCAUGGACGGCCACGCGAACGGCACCGCCGCACCCCACACCUCCAACUACGACGUCGUCAUUAUCGGCGCCGGCAUCUCCGGCAUCAACGUAGGCUACCGCAUGCAGACCGCCCUCCCCUCCUCGACGUACACCAUCCUCGAAGGACGCGCCGAGCUCGGCGGCACAUGGUCGCUGUUCAAGUACCCGGGCAUCCGGUCCGAUUCUGAUUUGCAUACCUUCGGCUUCCCGUUCAAUCCGUGGACGAAGCCGAAUCCGAUUGCGACGGGGGCAAGCAUAAUCGAGUAUAUGCAGCAGACGGCGGAGAAGUUCGGCAUCGAUCGGAAGAUACAGUACAAGCACAAGGUCGCGAGCGCGGACUGGAGCAGCGAUGAGCAGCGGUGGAGGCUCGAGGUGGACAACGAGGGGAUGAGGAAGGUGUACUAUGCGAAGUUCGUCAUCAUGGGCACGGGAUACUACAACUAUGAGAAGCCGCUGCAGGCGGACAUCCCAGGGCUGGAGGACUUCAAGGGCACGCGCGUGCAUCCGCAGUUCUGGCCGCAGGACCUCGAGUACGCCGGCAAGCGCAUGAUUGUCAUCGGCAGCGGCGCCACCGCGAUUACGAUUCUCCCCGCCGUCGUCGACGGCGGCGUUGGCCAAGUUACUAUGCUCCAGCGCUCCCCUUCAUACGUCAUGAACAUGCCGCAGCCCAAGCCGGGCGAACUCACCUGGUACGAGCGCAUCUUCCCGCACUGGGUGUCGCUGCGCCUCAAGCGCAUCCAGUUCAUCAUCAUCCCCUACAUGCUCUACCUCUUCUGCCGCAAGUUCCCCACUGCCGCUGCGAACUUCCUGCGCAAAGAAGCCAAGUCGCAGCUCCCAAAGGACUUCCCCAUGGAUCCGCAUUUCCUGCCCGCGUACAACCCCUGGGACCAGAGAUUGUGCUUCUGUCCCAACAACGACUUUUUCAAGUGCUUCGAGAGCGGGAAGGCGCAGAUCGUCACGGCCAAGAUCAAGCGGGUCGUGGGCGAUGGCAUCGAGCUCGAGAGCGGGGAGAAACUAGACGCAGACAUCAUUGUCACAGCUACCGGUCUGAACCUGCAACUCUGCGGCGGAAUCCCCCUCUCCGUCGACAAGAAGCCCGUCGACUUCAGCUCCUGCUACAUCUGGCGCGCGAGCAUGCUGUCCGGCGUGCCCAACCUGGGCCUCAUAAUCGGCUACGUCAACGCCAGCUGGACGCUCGGCGCGGACUCGGCGUCCCGCCUCCUCACCCGCCUCAUGAAGUUCAUGAACGAUAACAAGUAUACCAGCGCGACGCCGUCGAUUACGGAGGAGGAGAAGAAGGAUCCGCUGCCCCCGCUGGCCCUUAAUUCUACGUACAUUAAGAAGGCAGAUGGCCUCAUGCCGCAUGCGGGACGCACGGGGCCGUGGCAGCCGAGGGAUAAUUAUUUUAAGGAUAAUUGGGCGGCGAAUCGCGCGGAUUUGAGACCCGGGAUGGAGUUUAAGAGGGUGAGCACGUGAGAUGGUGCUUAGCGAGGGAUAUUGUAGAGGAAUGGGGUGGUAUUUUGUUGAUUAGCGUGGAGGUGAGCGCCUGUCUUUGGGAAGAUUGUGGCUGUGGAUAUUGUUGCAAUGAAGUUUAUGCUCGGAUUGAUCUAUGAUUGUAGGACGGAUCUGUACCCGGUGAAUGACAGAAAGGGCACAAGUAGCUUGAAGAACCACAAUUCACCCUAUACUUCCCCCUAGUAAUGAGAAUGCUGCAGCACUG